GCUCUGUUGAAAUAACCGAAGCAAACCUUGUAAGAGAUGUUUUGUAUGUCUUCCAGGGAAUAGAUGGCAAAAACAUCAAAAUGUGCAAUUCUGAAAAUUGCUAUAAAGUGGAGGGAAAGGUGAGCUUGUCCAAAUCUCUCAGAGAUACUACAAGUAGACUUGCAGAGUUGGGAUGGCUACAUAACAAAAUAAGAAAAUACACAGACCAGAGGAGUUUGGAUCGUGCGUUUGGACUUGUGGGACAGAGUUUUUGUGCAGCUUUACAUCAGGAACUUAAAGAAUACUACCGACUUCUGUCUGUCUUACAUUCCCAGUUGCAAUUGGAAGAUGAUCAGGGCGUGAAUUUGGGACUUGAGAGCAGUUUAACACUUCGCCGUCUUCUAGUCUGGACAUAUGAUCCUAAAAUAAGGUUAAAGACCCUUGCAGCACUUGUUGAUCAUUGUCAAGGGAGGAAAGGUGGUGAACUAGCCUCAGCAGUUCAUGCCUAUACUAAAACAGGAGAUCCCUACAUGAGAUCUCUGGUUCAGCACAUUCUUGGCCUAGUAUCCCAUCCUGUACUGAAUUUCCUUUAUCGCUGGAUUUAUGAUGGAGAGCUGGAGGAUACAUACCAUGAGUUUUUUGUAGCUUCAGAUCCUACAGUGAAAACUGAUCGGUUGUGGCAUGACAAAUACACCUUGAGGAAAUCAAUGAUCCCUUCUUUUAUUACAACGGAGCAAUCAAAAAAGGUCCUCCUAAUAGGAAAAUCCAUAAACUUCUUACAUCAAGUUUGUCAUGAUCAAACUCCAUCCACAAAGAUGAUUGCUGUGGCAAAAUCUGCGGAGUCUUCAAAAGAUGCUGCUGAUUUGUUCACAGAUUUGGAAAAUGCAUUUCAAGAGAAAAUUGAUGCAGCGUAUUUUGAGACCAGCAAAUACCUGCUGGAUGUUCUCAAUAAGAAGUACAAUUUACUGGAACACAUGCAGGCCAUGAGGCGCUACUUACUACUUGGUCAAGGAGACUUUAUCAGGCAUUUAAUGGACUUGCUCAAGCCAGAGCUUGCACGACCAGCUACAACCUUGUAUCAGCAUAACCUAACUGGAAUCCUUGAAACAGCGGUGAGGGCAACUAAUGCCCAGUUUGAUAAUCCUGAGAUUCUCAAACGAUUGGAUGUUCGACUUCUGGAGGUAUCUCCUGGGGACACUGGAUGGGAUGUCUUCAGCUUGGACUAUCAUGUUGAUGGGCCAAUAGCAACGGUAUUUACACGUGAGUGCAUGAGCCACUAUCUAAGAGUAUUUAAUUUCCUUUGGAGAGCAAAGCGAAUGGAGUAUAUUCUUACUGAUAUAUGGAAAGGGCACAUGUGCAAUGCAAAGCUUCUGAAAAGUAUACCAGAGCUUUCUGGGGUGCUGCAUCAGUGUCACGUUCUGGCAUCAGAAAUGGUCCAUUUCAUUCAUCAAAUGCAGUAUUACAUUACAUUUGAGGUGCUUGAAUGUUCGUGGGAUGAACUCUGGAACAAGGUCCAACAAGCACAGGACUUGGAUCACAUCAUCGCAGCUCAUGAGGUUUUUCUAGACACAAUCAUAGCUCGGUGCUUGCUGGAUAGCGAUUCCAGGGUACUUCUCAACCAGCUUCGAGCUGUUUUUGAUCAGAUCAUUGAGCUCCAGAAUGCCCAAGAUGCAAUGUACAGAGCUGCUUUGGAGGAGCUGCAGCUGAGACUGCAAUUUGAAGAGAGGAAAAAACAGCGUGAGCUUGAGGGCAAGUGGGGUGUAACUGCAUCAGAAGAUGAAGAAGAGAACAAGAGGAUGAAAGAAUUUCAAGACUCAAUACCCAAAAUGUGCUCGCAGCUGCGAAUACUCACUCACUUUUACCAGGGAAUCGUCCAGCAGUUCUUGGUCCUGCUGACAACCAGUUCUGACGAAAGCCUUCGGUUUCUUAGCUUUAGAUUGGACUUCAAUGAACAUUAUAAAGCAAGAGAGCCAAGGCUUCGUGUAUCGUUGGGCACUAGAAGCAGACGAAGCUCACAUAUGUGAAACAACUGCUAAGGACUGCACCUCGGUAUCCGAAGGAUGUUGAACCUCUUGUUGGACAAGGCAAUCAGUGUUGACAUAAUGCAACCAAAUCGUGCGUGAUCGGUGUCUACCAUUUCUGCAGGCAACACAUUGUCAGUCAUGUGGUUGUGUGACACUGUAUAGCAGAAAGCAAAAAAAGUAGGUUUUUUUUACACUGACGUUUCUAGAAUUACCAGACUAAAUGGGCUGAUUGAACCUCUUCCAAUCACCUUCUUAAAUCAUCCUUUUAAACAAAUGCCAAUUUAAUUUGAAGCU